UGAAGUCUCAUUUAUUGAAGCUUUCAUAAAAAUAAAGCCCAGCUUUUUCCAAAACAAGAAACAUUCUAGUUUAAACCAAAUAUUCGCUGAACACCUUAAAACCAGCCCCCAUUUCUUUUUUAAAAAGACCUUCAGCUUGUAUAAGAACUGUUGCAGCAGUGAUGUUUCAUGGAUGUGGAAGUGUUGUGCUCCUUCUUUACCUUCCCCCUUUCUGAAAAUGCUUAAAGGGAUUAUUAAUGCAAAUCUGCACUCCUCUGUUUAGGGGAUGAUGUGUUUCCACAGCAAAAUGUCAUUUCAGCCCUCUCCUUGUGUGUGUACAUCAAGUCACAGCUGCCUACCUGUUACUGUGUAAUAUUUGGGUCAUUGUCUCUAGCUGUUUACUGUGUGUACCUGCUAAAGUAACAAAUGUCUAACCUGCUCCCAGUUCUUGUUGCGCCACUGGUUUACUAGGAUGUUGAAAGGAAAGUUAAUUCUCUGCUUCAUAACAGCUGAACAGUCACUGUAGAUUCUCUCACCAAGCUGCAGGUGCUGCUGAGGAGUUCCUGGGUGUGAGCAUUUGCUCGGGAUCAUGGUUUGAGUCGUCAGGUGGAGACAAGUCUUCUGGAAGCGCAGGGUUAUGGGAGCAUAGAACAAGCUACUCAGCCAUAUUUUUGAAGCCCAUAUUACAAGCCUUUCCAGAAAUGGCUGAGAUCCACAGAUUAAUUAGCUACUGAUGACUAAAUGGCUUAGAUUGUUUUAAUGGCCUUCUCUUGAUUGUAACUGUUGUGUUCUUUUGAUCCAGCACUGCUGUAAUAAGGCCUGUGUGACUGGAGAGCUGCCCAGUCAUCUAGGAAUGGAAAAGCAGUGGAACACUGCCUGUCCAGUUUAACAGGAUUGAUCAGGAGCUGUCAGUAGUCGAUCAGAGGAUUUAAAACCUGUCUGAGAAAAUUUUCAAAAGUGCCUGCUGGGUCUGGUCCUCAGCAUAGCACUCUUAAACACAGUCUACCCAAUGAAUUGGUCUUCAGCUCCUAAGAUGCUACAGAUUUCAUGUUACCUGUAAAUGCACAUUUCUACUUGACUUUUUAAUUACAAAACUUUAAUGUUAAUUAGUGAUUGGUAAAAACAAAAAAGCAAUAUACUUGUAAUCUUAUACUGUGCAACACUUUAAAGAAUUUAGCAAUCCCUUUAUACCAUAGCAAGGACGGACCUUAUUAAAAGGUAAAGUAAAAUUAAACAUUAAAAAAUGUUGGAAUGCAGUACAAAAGCCACUUUUAUCAGCAUUUCAUUCAUUUACAGAAGGUCUUGACAUAAACUGAAGUUCACCGGUGUAAAGUACAAAACGUUGUGUAAUGCAAACUGAAUGGUGGCCUGAUGUUAGGACUCAGUUAUGAAGCACUGAAUUAGCAGCAGCAGCAUUCAUUCUGAAUAUUGCCCUGCAGCACACUAUAGCCACAAGAGUUGGAGAUGGAAAGUCCAGCCUGGAUGUCAUGGGCAUUGGCAGUGGAGGAGGUGAAAUUGAUCUGCAGAUACUCUCCCAGAUGCGUCUGAAACACCCUGGAGUUUUGAUUAAUAACGAAGUAGUGGAACCGAGUGGCGGCAUGAUCCACAACUACAAAGUUUUAGUGUCCAAGACUCCUAACCUCGAGAACAUCAACUUUACCUGGAGGAAGAUGACAUCGUCCGAAUAUGAAGAUCACCGGGAAGAGAACAAUGUCGACACAAAGAUGGACUUCAUUCACAUGAUUCAGAUGCUGUAUUACGUGUCUGAUCCUGGCGCAACGGUCAAGUUUUUCCGAAGUCUCCUGAAGCCGAAUGGAAAACUCCUUAUCAUCCUAGUGUCUGGUGCAAGUGGAUGGAGUGAGCUCUGGAAGAGAUACAGGAAGGAGCUGUGCAAGUCUGAAAUAAGCCAGUACAUCUCCACUGGGGACAUCAAGGACUAUCUGGAUGCAGAGGGUAUAAAAUACCAAAGUUAUGAACUUGCCUCCAGCAUGGACAUAACAGAGUGCUUUACUGAGGGAGAUGAGAAAGGAGAGCUCUUGCUUGAUUUUCUCACAGAAGUGCUUAACUUCAAUAAAACAGCCUCGCCGGAUCUUAAAGCUGGAGUGAUGGCAUUACUCCGUGACCCUGUGUGCAGCACGGAGAUAGACGGAAGGAUUAUUUUCAACAAUAACCUGGGUGCAAUAGUGGUUGAACCAUGACCACAAAUGGAGCAAUUGUGUUUAUGCUUAACCUCAAAAUAUCCUUUCCUUGAACUAUGUUAUCAAUGUUUCAUCAGUAAUUAACCAAAAGACAAACACUGAUUUUAGUGAGGCACUUAAACAGGAAAGGGUUGAAAUAGUCAUAAAAAGUGAUUUUAACAUGAUUAAUGUUUAUUUUUCACGCAGACAAUGUUGUAAAAAAUGGUGAAAAGGUAGGACAAAGUGGACAUACAGUAUUAUGCAAAUUCUGUGUUUUUGGUUCAUAGGUGUCAUGUAAAGAUGAAAUGAUACCCAAUAAAGUAAUAUUCUGAUAUGCUGCAA